ACGGUGCUGCCAUGGCCUUCCCGGAGCCCAAGGCGCGGGCUCCCGAGCUGCCGCGGAAGCUCGUCCGGACGGUGGCCUGUGGCCAGGGCGCGGUGCGCGCCGUGCGCUUGAACGUGGACGGCCACUACUGCCUGACGUGCGGCAGCGACAAGACCCUCAAACUCUGGAACCCGCUCCGGGGGACGCUGCUGCGCACCUACAGCGGCCACGGCUACGAGGUGCUGGACGCGGCCGGCUCAUUCGACAACAGCCGCCUGUGCUCGGGUGGCGGUGACAAGGUGGUGGUGCUGUGGGAUGUGGCCUCCGGGCAGGUGGUGCGCAAAUUCCGAGGCCACGCGGGGAAGGUGAACACGGUGCAGUUUAACGAGGAGGCCACGGUCAUCCUGUCGGGCUCCAUUGACUCUAGCAUCCGUUGCUGGGACUGCCGUUCGAGAAAGCCAGAGCCCGUGCAGACGCUGGGUGAGGCCAAGGACAGCGUGUCCAGCGUGAAGGUGUCAGAUCAUGAGGUCCUGGCGGGCUCCGUGGAUGGCCGCGUGAGGCGCUAUGACCUGCGGAUGGGACAGCUCUUCUCCGACUACGUGGGCAGCCCCAUCACCUGCACCUGCUUCAGCCGCGACGGGCAGUGCACGCUGGUGUCCAGCCUGGACUCCACGCUGCGGCUCCUGGACAAGGACACUGGGGAGCUGCUAGGCGAGUACACAGGCCACAAGAACAAGGAGUACAAACUGGACUGUUGCCUGAGCGAGCGGGACACGCACGUGGUCAGCUGCUCGGAGGAUGGGAAGGUGUUCUUCUGGGACCUGGUGGAGGGCGCCUUGGCACUGGCCCUGACUGUGGGGCCCGGCGUGGUGCAAUCGCUGGCCUACCACCCCACGGAGCCCUGCCUGCUGACGGCCGUGGGGGGCAGUAUCCAGUACUGGCGGGAAGAGGACUACGAGGCCGAGGGCGGCCCCGGCUGAGGCACGGCCCACCCAAGGACCAGGCCCCACUCAGGAGGACCAUGACACUGUUUACUGCUCCGAUGCUGCUGCUGCUGGGGGGCGGGGAGGGGGCUGGGGCUACGGACCAAUAAAGACAGGUGGAGGGCAACU